CAGUUCCCGGCCGCAACUCCCAAACUCCGCGGCUCGGCUGCCCGGACAAGUCCUAACAAACUUGGUUUCUCCCCAGCCCUCGCGCACUCGCCUCCUUUUUCGCUGCUCAAGUUUUUUCCCCCAGGACGGUAAGCCUCCGGAAAUGCGGCCACCUGGGCGGCGCGGGCGGAUCGCACCCUCGCUGGGGACAUGGUGAAGAUCGCAGGGAAGAAGCAAAGUUGGUACUUCAGACACGGCUUCUAACAAACAUCCAGAUAGCGUGGGGAUUACGGAGCUGUCGGCACUUUAAAGCAGGGCCCCGAGGACUCGGCUGGAACGGGAUCAGUUAAAAACGUGGCAGCACCGGACUCUGAAAUCUACGUCUCUGGCUCUUGGCUGUUCCUCUGACGACGAAGUGCGACUUCUUCCAGGCAAUUAGGUUUCUCAGUGGACCUGGCCGGCAAAUCGGGAUUCCCCAACAGAUGUUUUAGUUCAAGUGCCUGACAGUUAAGCGAUGGGGAGGCACUUGGCCUCGCUUCUGCUUCUGCUGCGCCUCCUCCAGCAUUUCGGAGAUGGUGAUGGAAGCGGAACGCUGGAACAGACGCCCUUGCAGUUCACACAUUUCCAGUACAACGUCACAGUGCAUGAAAACUCUGCAGCGAAAACCUAUGUGGGGCAUCCCGUAAAGAUGGGUAUUUACAUGACAAAUCCACUGUGGGAGUUAAGGUACAAAAUCAUCUCGGGAGACAACGAAAACCUAUUCAAAGCCGAAGAGUACGUUCUUGGAGACUUUUGCUUUCUGAGAAUAAGGACCAAAGGAGGAAAUACAGCUAUUCUCAACAGAGAAGUGAAAGACCACUACACGUUGAUUGUCAAAGCAGUGGAAAAAAAUACUAAUGCUGAAGCACGAACAAAGGUCAGGGUGCAAGUGCUGGAUACAAAUGACCUGAGACCCCUCUUCUCCCCCACCUCGUACAGCGUGUCUCUACCUGAAAACACAGCCAUAAGGACCAGUAUCGCGAGAGUCAGUGCCACAGAUGCAGACAUAGGCACCAAUGGAGAAUUUUACUACAGUUUCAAAGACCGAACAGACAUGUUUGCCAUCCACCCCACCAGUGGCACCAUCGUUUUAACGGGCAGACUUGACUACACAGAGACCAGUGUCUACGAGAUGGAGAUUCUCGCCGUGGACCGCGGCAUGAAGUUGUACGGUAGCAGCGGCAUCAGCAGCAUGGCCAAGCUCACGGUUCACGUAGAGCAGGCCAACGCAUGUGCCCCCGUGAUAACAGCCGUGACCUCAUCACCAUCCGAACUGGACAGGGACCCCACGUACGCCAUCGUGACCGUGGACGACUGCGAUCAGGGCGCCAAUGGGGAGGUCGCUUCUUUGAGCAUCGUGGCGGGAGACCUCCUUCAGCAGUUCAGAACAGUGAGGUCCUCUCCAGGCAGCAGAGAAUACAAGCUCAAAGCUGUUGGCGCCAUCGACUGGGACAGUCAUCCUUUCGGCUACAACCUGACGCUCCAGGCGAAAGACAAAGGAACUCCUCCCCAGUUCUCUUCUGUGAAAGUGAUCCAUGUGAUUUCACCGCGGUUCAAAGCGGGGCCAGUCAGGUUUGAGAAGGAGGUUUACAGAGCAGAAAUCAGUGAAUUCGCUCCUCCCUACACACCCGUGGUCAUGGUGAAAGCCACGCCUAGCUAUCCUCAUUUGAAGUAUGUUUUUAAAAGCACACCUGGAAAAGCUAAAUUCAGUCUGAACCACAACACUGGUCUCAUUUCCAUCUUAGAGCCCCUGAAAAGACAGCAGGCAUCCCACUUUGAACUCGAAGUCACAACCAGCGACAGAAAAGCCUCUACCAGAGUCUUGGUUAAAGUCUUGAGUGCCAACAGUCACCCUCCGGAAUUUACCCAGACAGCCUACAAAGCAUCUUUUGACGAGAACGUGCCCAUUGGUACCACGGUCAUGAGUGUGAGUGCUGUAGACCCUGAUGAGGGUGAGAACGGGUACGUGACUUACAGCAUUGCAAACUUAAAUCACGUGCCUUUCGUCAUUAACCAUUUCACAGGCGCCGUGAGUACUUCAGAAAACUUGGACUAUGAGCUGAUGCCACGGGUUUACACUCUGAGGAUUCGGGCGUCAGACUGGGGCUCGCCCUACCGCCGGGAGGUUGAGAUCCUUGCCACCCUUACUCUCAAUAACUUGAAUGACAACACACCCCUGUUCGAGAAGAUACAUUGUGAAGGAACGAUUCCCAGGGAUCUGGGCGUCGGGGAGCAGAUAACUACCGUCUCUGCUAUCGAUGCCGAUGAACUUCAGUUGGUGCGAUACCAGAUCGAGGCUGGAAAUGACCUGGACUUGUUCAGCUUGAACCCCAACUCUGGGGUACUGUCAUUAAAGCAGUCUCUGAUGGAUGGCUUAGGGGCCAAGGUGUCAUUUCACAGCCUGAGAAUCACGGCUACAGAUGGAGAGAAUUUUGCCACCCCGUUAUACAUCAACAUGACCGUGGCUGCCCUUCGCAAGCCAGUCAGCCUGCAGUGUGAGGAGACGGGCGUGGCCAAAAUGCUGGCAGAGAAACUCCUGCAGGCGAACAAGCUGCACACCCAGGGGGAGGUCGAGGACGUCUUCUUUGAUUCCCACUCUGUCAAUGCUCAUGUGCCCCAGUUCAGAAGUACGCUUCCAUCUGGGAUCCAGGUCAAGGAAAACCAACCUGUGGGUUCUAGCCUGCUUGUCAUGAAUGCUACUGAUCUCGAUACUGGCUUCAAUGGGAAGCUGGUCUACUCCAUUUCCGGAGGAAAUGAAGAUAGCUGCUUCAUUAUGGACAUGGAAACGGGGAUGCUCAAAAUCCUGUCUCCCCUUGACCGUGAGACGACAGACAGGUACACCCUGAAUAUCACAGUGUCUGACCUGGGCCUGCCACAGAGGGCGGCGUGGCAUCUGCUGGAGAUCCGAGUCCUGGACGCCAACGAUAAUCCACCUGAAUUUUUACAGGAGAGCUAUUUUGUUGAAGUGAGCGAAGACAAAGAGAUAAAUAGUGAAAUCAUCCAGGUGGAAGCCACAGAUAAAGACCUGGGGCCAAACGGACACGUGAGGUACUCUAUUCUCACUGACACAGACAAGUUCUCAAUCGACAGCAUGACUGGCGUGGUUAAAAUCCUGAACCCCUUGGACCGUGAGGAGCAGCACGUGCAUUACUUAAAGGUUGAAGCCAGGGAUCAAGCCAGGGAAGAGCCCCAGCUGCUCUCCACCGUGAUUCUCAAAGUGUCGCUAGAGGAUGUGAACGACAACCCGCCCAAGUUUAUCCCCCCUAAUUACCGCGUGAAAGUUCGAGAGGACCUUCCAGAGGGCACCAUAAUCAUGUGGUUAGAGGCCCAUGACCCUGAUUUGGGUCAGUCUAGUCAAGUGAGGUACAGUCUCCUGGACCACGGAGAAGGAAACUUUGAUGUGGAUAAGCUCAGCGGAGCCGUGAGAAUAGUACAGCAGCUGGACUUUGAGAAGAAGCAGGUAUAUAACCUCACGGUAAGGGCCAAAGACAAAGGGAAGCCCGUUUCUCUGUCUUCCACUUGCUACGUUGAAGUUGAGGUCAUCGACGUGAAUGAGAACCUCCAUCCACCGGUGUUUCCCAGCUUUGUGGAAAAGGGUGCGGUGAAAGAAAACGCCCCUGUUGGUUCUUCAGUCAUGAAGGUGUCCGCUCGUGACGAGGACACGGGACGAGAUGGGGAGAUCCACUACUCCAUCCGAGAUGGCUCUGGUGUUGGUGUUUUCAGAAUAGAUGAAGAAACAGGUGUCAUAGAGACUUCAGACCGGCUGGACCGCGAGUCGACCUCUCAUUACUGGCUGACAGUCUACGCAUCUGAUCAGGGCGUGGUGCCCCUGUCCUCCUUUGUAGAGGUCUACAUAGAGGUGGAGGAUGUGAAUGACAAUGCUCCGCAGACGUCGGAGCCUGUUUAUUAUCCGGAAAUAAUGGAAAACUCUCCCAAGGAUGUAUCUGUGGUCCAGAUCGAGGCAUUUGAUCCAGACUCUAGCUCUGAUGACAAGCUGACAUACAAAAUCACAAGUGGAAAUCCACAGGGAUUUUUCUCAAUUAAUUCUAAAACAGGUCUCAUCACAACCACAGCAAGGAAACUAGACCGAGAGCAGCAAGAGGAACACAUAUUAGAAGUUACUGUGACAGACAAUGGUAGCCCCCCCAAGUCAACCGUCACAAGAGUCAUCGUGAAGAUCCUUGAUGAAAACGACAACAAGCCUCAGUUCCUGCAAAAGUUCUACAAGAUCAGACUCCCAGAGCGGGAAAAGCCAGAACGGGAAAGAAACGCCAAACGAGAACCUUUGUAUCGUGUGAUCGCCACAGACAAAGAUGAAGGUCCCAACGCAGAAAUCUCCUACAGCAUCGAAGAGGGGAAUGAGCAUGGCAAAUUUUUUAUUGAGCCAAAAACGGGAGUGGUUUUGUCCAAGAAGUUUUCUGGAGCUGGAGAAUAUGAUAUUCUUUCGAUUAAGGCUGUUGAUAAUGGUCGCCCCCAAAAGUCGUCAACCACUCGACUCCACAUUGAAUGGAUUUCCAAACCGAAACCAUCCCUGGAGCCGAUUUCAUUUGAAGAAUCAUUUUUUACCUUUACUGUAAUGGAAAGUGAUCCAGUUGCUCACAUGAUUGGAGUCAUAUCUGUUGAGCCUCCAGGCAUACCUCUCUGGUUUGACAUCAUCGGAGACACACUUGCUAGAGAAGUGUUUUACAUCUUUCCGAUGACUUGUGACCUGAACUGUACAGCAGAAGGUGGCAACUACGACAGUCACUUUGAUGUGGACAGGAGCACUGGAACCAUCAUUAUUGCCAAGCCUCUUGAUGCAGAACAGAAAUCAAACUAUAACCUCACAGUUGAGGCUACAGAUGGAACCACCUCUAUACUGACUCAGGUAUUCAUCAAAGUAAUAGACACAAAUGACCAUCGUCCUCAAUUUUCUACAUCAAAAUAUGAAGUUGUUAUUCCUGAAGACACAGUGCCGGAAACAGAAAUCUUGCAAAUCAGUGCUGUGGAUAAAGACGAAAAAAACAAACUGAUCUACACUCUGCAGAGCAGUAUCGAUCCACUGAGUCUCAAGAAAUUUCGUCUUGAUCCUGCAACUGGCUCUCUCUAUACGUCAGAAAAGCUUGAUCAUGAAGCCACUCACCAGCAUAUUCUCACAGUCAUGGUACGAGAUCAAGAUGUCCCUGUAAAGCGCAACUUUGCAAGGAUUGUUGUUAAUGUCAGCGACACCAAUGACCACGCCCCCUGGUUCACAAGCUCCUCCUACGAAGGGCGGGUUUACGAGUCAGCAGCUGUCGGCUCAGUUGUGCUGCAGGUUACGGCUCUGGACAAGGACAAAGGGAAAAAUGCUGAAGUACGGUACUCCAUCGAAUCAGGAAACAUUGGAAAUUCUUUUACGAUCGACCCCAUCUUGGGCUCCAUAAAAACUGCCAGAGAAUUAGAUCGCAGUAACCAAGUGGCAUAUGACUUAAUGGUGAAAGCUACAGAUAAAGGCGACCCACCAAUGAGUGAAAUCACUUCUGUGCGGGUCUUUGUAACCAUUGCUGACAACGCCUCUCCCAAGUUUACAUCAAAAGAAUAUUCUGUUGAAAUUAGUGAAACUGUUGGUGUUGGGAGUUUCGUCGGAAUGGUUACAGCCCACAGCCAGUCAUCAGUGGUAUAUGAAAUAAAGGAUGGAAAUGUAGCCGAUGCCUUUGAUAUUAAUCCACACUCUGGAAGUAUCAUCACUCGGAAAGCUUUGGAUUUUGAAACCUUGCCCACCUAUACAUUGACAAUACAAGGAACUAACAUGGCUGGUUUGUCUACAAAUGCAACCGUUUUGGUGCACUUGCUGGAUGAAAAUGACAACUUGCCAGUUUUUAUGCGAGCAGAGUAUACAGGGCUCAUUAGUGAAUCAGCUUCAAUUAACAGCGUGGUCCUCACAGACAGGAAUGUUCCAUUAGUUAUUCGAGCCACUGAUGCCGACAAAGAAUCAAAUGCCUUGCUUGUUUAUCACAUAGUUGAACCAUCCGUACACAAAUACUUUACCAUUGAUUCUAGCACAGGUGCUAUUCAUACCGUCCUAAGUUUGGACUAUGAAGAAACAAGCACAUUUCACUUUACUGUUCAAGUUCAUGACAUGGGAACACCACGUUUAUUUGCUGAACAUGCAGCCAAUGUGACCAUACACGUCAUUGACAUUAAUGACUGCCCUCCUGUGUUCUCCACAUCAUUAUACGAAGCAUCUGUUCUGCUGCCAACCUACAGAGGAGUCAAGGUCGUCACGGUAAAUGCCACUGAUGCCGAUUCAAGUGCAUUCUCACAGUUAAUGUACUCCAUCACUGAAGGCAACAUUGGGGACAAGUUCUCGAUGGACCGCAAGACUGGAACCAUAACUGUACAGAACACGACUCAGCUGAGGAGCCGCUAUGAGCUAACCGUCAGAGCGUCCGAUGGCAGAUUUGCAAGCUUCGCGGCCGUCAAAAUUAACGUGAAAGAAAGUAAGGAGAGCCAGCUGAAAUUUACUCAGGAUUUCUACUCUGCCGUAGUGAAAGAGAAUUCCACUGAAGCCAGGGUGCUAGCUGUCAUAACUGCCCUUGGGAAUCCAAUCAAUGAGCCCCUGUUCUACCACGUCCUCAACCCAGAUCCCAGGUUCAGAAUCAGCCGCACGUCUGGAGUUCUGUCGACCACCGGCAUACCAUUCGAUCGCGAGCAGCAGGAGGCCUUUGACGUGGUGGUGGAAGUCACGCGGGAGCGGAAGCCUCCAGCCGUGGCCCAUGUCAUCGUGAAGGUCGUCAUCGAGGACCAGAACGAUAAUGCCCCGGUGUUUGUCAACCUCCCUUACUACGCCCUGGUGAAAGUGGAUGCCGCCGUGGGCCAGGUUAUCCGCCACGUGACCGCUGUCGACAGGGACAGCGGCCGAAAUGGGGAGGUUCAUUACUCCCUCAAGGAGCGCCACGAACACUUUCAGAUUGGAUCCUCUGGGGAGAUCUCACUGAAAAAGCCGUUUGAACCCGACACCUUGAAUAAAGAGUAUCUCGUCACAGUGGUUGCCAGAGAUGGAGGAGAUCCAGCUUUCUCCACCGAGGUCAUUGUCCCCAUCACCGUGAUGAACAAAGCCAUGCCCGUGUUCGAAAAGCCUUUCUACAGUGCCGAGAUCCCAGAGAGCGCACAGAUGCACAGCCCCGUUGUCCACGUACAGGCCAACAGUCCGGAGGGCCUGAAAGUGCACUACAGCAUCACUGAGGGCGAUCCUUUCAACCAGUUCACCGUUAACUUCAACACCGGAGUUAUCAGUGUCGUGGCGCCCCUGGACUUCGAGUCCCACCCGGCGUAUAAACUGAGCAUCCGAGCCACAGACUCCUUGACCGGCGCUCACGCCGAGGUCUUUGUGGACAUCAUCGUGGAGGACAUCAACGACAACCCUCCCGUGUUUGCCCAGCAGUCGUAUGCCGCCACCCUGUCUGAGGCAUCUGUAAUUGGGACGUCUGUGGUUCAAGUCAGAGCAACAGAUGCUGACUCGGAACCAAACAGAGGGAUUUCCUACCACAUGGUGGGGAAUCACAGCAAGAGCCACGAUCAUUUUCACAUAGACAGCGGCACUGGCCUCAUCUCGCUGGUCAGGACUCUGGACUAUGAGCAGUUCCGGCAGCACCAGAUUUCUGUGAGGGCUGUUGACGGCGGCAUGCCCCCCCUGAGCAGCGAUGUGGUCGUCACGGUGGACGUCACCGACCUCAACGAUCACCCUCCCCUGUUCGACCAGCAGCUUUACGAGGCCAGAAUUAGUGAGCAUGCUGCCCACGGGCAUUUUGUGACCUGUGUAAGGGCCUGUGAUGCAGACAGUUCAGACACAGACAAGUUGGAAUAUUCCAUCCUGUCUGGCAACGACCAUAAGAAUUUUGUCAUCGAUGGCAAGACAGGGAUCAUCACACUCUCAAACCUGCGCCGGCACGCCUUGAAGCCAUCCUACACCCUCCAAGUGUCUGCAUCAGAUGGAGUUUUUAGGAGUUCUGCUCAGGUUCAUGUGACUGUGAUUGGAGGCAAUUUGCACAGUCCUGUGUUUCUUCAGAACGAGUAUGAAGUGGAGCUCGCUGAAAACGCUCCCGUGCACACUCUGGUGACCGAGGUCAAAGCAGCCGAUAGGGAUUCGGGUAUUUAUGGUCAUGUUACCUACCACAUUGUCAAUGACUUCGCCAAAGACCGGUUUUACACAAACGAGAGGGGGCAGAUCUUUACUUUAGAAAAGCUUGAUCGAGAAACCCCAGCAGAGAAAGUAAUCCCCAUUCGUUUCAUGGCCAAGGACGCUGGAGGCAAGGUUGCCUUCUGCACCAUUAACGUCAUCCUCACAGACGACAAUGACAAUGCCCCGCAGUUUCGAGCAACCAAGUUUGAAGUGAACAUCGGGUCCAACGUUCCCAAAGGGACAUCAGUCAUCAAAGUCCUCGCCAGUGACGCCGACGAGGGCUCCAACGCCGACAUCACCUAUGCCAUUGAAGCAGAUUCUGAAAGUGUUAAAGAGAAUUUGGAAAUCAACAGAGCGUCCAGCGUAAUUACUACAAAGGAAAGUUUAAUCGGCUUGGAGAACGAGGUCUUCACUUUCUUCGUCAGAGCUGUGGACAAUGGGUCCCCACAAAGAGAAUCGGUUGUUCCCGUCUGUGUUAAAGUGCUCCCACCAGAAAUGCGGCUUCCCAGGUUUUCAGAGCCAUUUUACACCUAUACAGUUUCUGAAGACGUGCCCAUUGGAACCGAAAUAGACCUCAUUCGAGCAGAACACAGUGGUACUGUCCUUUACAGCCUGGUUAAAGGGAAUACCCCCGAGAGCAACAGAGAUGAGUUCUUUGUGAUCGACAGGCAGAGUGGGAGGCUGAAACUAGAGAAGAGUCUUGACCAUGAGACCACGAAGUGGUUCCAGUUUUCCGUGCUUGCCAGGUGCACUCACGGUGACUACGAGCUGGUAGCUUCUGUCGAUGUUAGCAUCCAGGUGAAGGACGCCAACGAUAACAGCCCUGUCUUGGAGUCUAGCCCAUAUGAGGCCUUUAUUGUUGAAAACCUGCCAGCAGGGAGCAGAGUCAUUCAGAUCAGGGCAUCUGACCUGGAUUCAGGAAGCAACGGCCAGGUCAUGUAUAAUCUAGAUCAGUCGCAAAGCGUGGACGUCAUCGAAUCCUUUGCCAUUAACAUGGAAACGGGCUGGAUCACCACGCUGCGGGAACUGGACCACGAAAAGAGAGACAGCUACCAGAUCAAGGUGGUUGCGUCAGAUCACGGUGAGAAGGUUCAGCUUUCCUCCACAGCCAUUGUGGAUGUCACGGUCACUGAUGUCAACGACAGCCCCCCGCGGUUCACGGCCGAGAUCUACAAAGGGACUGUGAGUGAAGACGACCCUCCUGGGGGCGUGAUUGCCAUCGUGAGCACCACAGAUGCCGAUUCUGAGGAGAUCAACAGACAAGUUACAUACUACAUAACAGGCGGGGAUCCUUUGGGGCAGUUCGCUAUUGAAAAUAUACAGAAUGAAUGGAAGGUCUAUGUGAAGAAACCCCUGGAUAGAGAGGAAAGGGACAAUUACCUUCUGACCAUCACAGCAACCGAUGGGACCUUCUCAUCCAAAGCUAUAGUUGAAGUCAAAGUCCUUGAUGCAAAUGACAACAGUCCCGUUUGUGAAAAGACUUUAUAUUCUGACACGAUUCCAGAAGACGCCUUUCCUGGGAAGCUGAUCAUGCAGGUCUCUGCAACAGAUGCAGAUAUCCGUUCCAACGCUGAAAUUACUUACACAUUAUUUGGUCCAGGUGCAGAAAAAUUCAAACUAAAUCCAGACACAGGGGAACUGAAAACAUCAGCCCCCCUUGAUCGCGAGGAGCAAGCAACUUACCAUCUUCUCGUCAAGGCCGCCGAUGGAGGGGGAAGGUUCUGCCAAGCUAGCAUUGUGCUCACGUUGGAGGACGUGAAUGAUAAUGCCCCUGAGUUCUCUGCUGAUCCCUACACCAUCACCGUGUUUGAAAACACAGAGCCGGGCACACUCCUGACCAGAGUGCAGGCCACGGACGCGGAUGCAGGACUGAAUCGGAAAAUCUCCUACUCACUGCUUAACUCCGCUGAUGGGCAGUUCUCCAUUAAUGAAUUAUCUGGAAUCAUUCAGUUAGAAAAGCCUUUGGAUAGAGAACUCCAGGCAGUAUACACUCUGACUCUGAAAGCUGUCGAUCACGGUUUGCCCAGAAGGUUGACAGCUACCAGCACCAUUGUCAUAUCUGUUUUGGACAUAAAUGACAACCCGCCCGUGUUUGAAUACCGUGAAUACGGUGCCACGGUGUCUGAGGAUAUUCUCAUUGGGACUGAAGUUCUCCAAGUGUACGCAGCGAGUCGGGACAUUGAAGCAAACGCAGAAAUCACUUACUCUAUCAUAAGUGGGAAUGAACACGGAAAAUUCAGCAUCGACUCUAAAACAGGGGCCAUAUUUAUCAUUGAGAAUCUGGACUACGAAAGUUCUCAUGAGUACUACCUGACUGUAGAGGCCACUGACGGAGGCACACCGUCAUUAAGCGAUGUUGCCACCGUGAGCAUCAACGUAACAGACAUCAACGACAAUGCCCCAGUGUUCAGCCAAGACACCUACACGGCAGUCGUCAGCGAGGACGCUGUUCUUGAACAGUCUGUCAUUACGGUUAUGGCAGAUGAUGCUGAUGGACCUUCAAACAGCCACAUCCACUAUGCGAUUAUAGAUGGCAACCAGGGAAGUCCGUUUACAAUCGACCCUGCUAGAGGAGAGGUGAAGGUGACCAAACUUCUAGACCGGGAAACAAUUUCAGGCUACACGCUCACCGUGCAGGCCUCUGACAAUGGCAGUCCCCCCAGAGUCGCCACGACCACCGUGAACAUCGACGUGUCUGAUGUUAACGACAACGCACCCGUCUUCUCCAGGGGGAACUACAGCCUCAUCAUCCAGGAGAACAAGCCCGUGGGGUUCAGCGUGCUGCAGCUGGUGGUAACGGACAGGGACUCCUCCCACAACGGCCCCCCCUUCUUCUUCAGCAUCGUGAGCGGGAACGAAGAGGGGGCGUUUGAAGUCAACCAGCAGGGAGCCCUCCUGACGGCGGCCGCCAUAAAUAGGAAAGUGAAGGAUCAUUACUUACUGCAUGUUAAGGUGGCAGACAAUGGAAAGCCUCAGCUGUCGUCUCUGACGUAUAUUGACAUCAAGGUCAUUGAAGAGAGUGUCUAUCCUCCAGCAAUCCUACCGCUGGAGAUUUUCAUCACUGCUUUCGGAGAGGAGUACUCGGGCGGUGUCAUCGGGAAGAUCCACGCCACUGAUCAAGACGUGUACGACACGUUAACCUACAGCCUCGACCCGCAGAUGGACAACCUCUUCUCCGUGUCCAGCACGGGGGGCAAGCUGAUCGCGCACAAGAAGCUGGAUGUAGGGCAGUACCUGCUCAACGUGAGCGUGACGGACGGCAAGUUCACCACCGCGGCCGACAUCAUGGUGCAGGUCAGACAGGUGACGCAGGAGAUGCUCAACCAGACGGUCGCGGUGCGCUUCGCCAACCUCACCCCGGAGGAGUUCGUCGGCGACUACUGGCGCAACUUCCAGCGAGCUUUGCGGAACAUCCUGGGCGUGAGGAGGAACGACAUUCAGAUCGUCAGCUUGCAGCCCGCCGAGCCUCACCCGCACCUGGACGUCUUGCUGUUUGUAGAGAGGUCGGGUGUCGCCCACGUUUCCACCAGACAGCUCCUGCAGAAGAUCAACUCUUCCGUGUCUGACGUCGAGGAGAUCAUCGGUGUGAGGAUCCUGGAGGUGUUCCGGAAGCUGUGUGCGGGCCUCGACUGCCCCUGGAAGUUCUGUGACGAGAAGGUGUCCGUGGACGAAAGUGUGAUGUCAACACACAGCACGGCCAGACUGAGCUUUGUGACUCCACGCCACCGGCGGACGGCCGUGUGCCUCUGCAGAGAGGGAAAAUGCCCACUUGUCCAUCACGGAUGUGAAGACAAUCCAUGCCCUGAAGGAUCAGAAUGUGUCACUGACCCCAGAGAGGAGACGUAUACCUGCGUCUGUCCAGGUGGCAAGUCUGGUCAGUGCCCAGGGAGUGCAUCCGUGACAUUUACUGGAAACAGCUUUGUGAAAUAUCGUCUAAUGGAAAAUGAAAACAAGUUAGAGAUGAAGCUGACCAUGAGGCUUCGAACGUACUCUGCCCACGCGGUUGUCAUGUAUGCCCGAGGGACCGACUACAGCAUCUUGGAGAUCCACAACGGGAGGCUGCAGUACAAGUUCGACUGUGGCAGUGGCCCCGGCAUCGUCUCGGUGCAGAGCAUCCAGGUCAACGACGGGCUGUGGCAUGCGGUGUCCCUGGAGGUGAACGGGAACUACGCCAGGCUGGUUCUGGAUCAGGUCCACACCGCCUCGGGCACAGCCCCGGGGACACUGAAAACCCUCAACCUCGACAGCCACGUGUAUUUUGGGGGCCACGUCCGCCAGCAGGGCUCGAGGCACGGACGGAGUCCCCAGGUGGGCAACGGUUUCCGGGGCUGCAUGGACUCCAUUUACCUGAACGGGCAGGAGCUGCCCUUAAACAACAGACCCAGGAGCUACGCGCACAUCGAGGAGUCGGUGGAUGUGUCUCCCGGGUGCUUGCUGACGGCGACGGAGGACUGCUCGAGCAGCCCCUGCCAGAACGGGGGCGUCUGCCACCCCUCCCCAACGGGAGGUUAUUACUGCAAAUGCAGCGCCUUGUACAUCGGGACCUACUGCGAGGUGAGCGUCAACCCGUGUUCCUCCAACCCCUGCCUGUACGGCGGCACCUGCGUUGUGGACAACGGAGACUUCGUCUGCCAGUGCAGAGGGCUGUAUACUGGCCAGAGGUGCCAGCUCAGCCCCUACUGCAAAGAUGAACCUUGCAAAAACGGUGGAACGUGUUUUGACAGUUUGGAUGGUGCUGUCUGUCAGUGUGACUCAGGUUUUAGGGGAGAAAGGUGUCAGAGCGACGUUGAUGAGUGUGCUGGCAACCCCUGCCGGAACGGGGCCCUCUGUGAGAACACGCACGGCUCCUACCACUGCAACUGCAGCCACGAGUACAAGGGGAAACACUGCGAAGACGUGGCUCCCAACCAGUACGUGUCGACCCCCUGGAACAUCGGCCUGGCCGAGGGGAUCGGCAUCGUCGUCUUCAUCACGGGCAUCUUUCUGCUGGUGCUGGUGUUCGUCUUCUGCCGCAAGAUGAUCAGACGGAAGAAGAAACCCCAGCCCGAACCCGAGGACAAACACUUGGGACCCAGCGCGGCUUUCUUGCAAAGACCGUAUUUUGAUUCCAAGCUGAAUAAGAACAUUUACUCUGACAUACCACCCCAGGUGCCUGUCCGGCCCAUCUCCUACACCCCAAGCAUUCCAAGUGACUCUCGAAACAACCUUGACCGCAACUCCUUCGAAGGGUCGGCUAUACCUGAGCACCCUGAGUUCAGCACCUUCAACCCUGAGUCCAUGCAUGGACACCGGAAGGCCGUGGCCGUCUGCAGUGUGGCCCCAAACCUGCCUCCCCCGCCGCCUUCAAACUCUCCUUCUGACAGCGAUUCCAUCCAGAAACCUAGCUGGGACUUCGACUAUGAUACUAAGGUAGUGGAUCUUGAUCCUUGUCUCUCCAAAAAGCCGUUGGAGGAGAAGCCGUCUCAGCCCUACAGCGCCCGGGAAAGCCUGUCCGAAGUGCACUCCCUGAGCUCCUUCCAGUCGGAGUCGUGCGAUGACAAUGAGUCUUUGGCUGCUCCUGACCUCAGCAAAUCAAGAGGUGACUUAUGCAUGCCAGGGUAUCACUGGGAUACGUCGGAUUGGAUGCCCAGCGUUCCUCUGCCGGACAUCCAGGAAUUCCCCAAUUACGAGGUAAUCGACGAGCAGACCCCCCUGUACUCGGCCGAUCCCAACGCCAUCGAUACGGACUAUUACCCCGGAGGCUACGACAUCGAGAGUGACUUCCCGCCCCCGCCAGAGGACUUCCCCGGCGCGGACGAGCUCCCGCCCCUGCCCCCCGAGUUCAGCGACCAGUUCGAAUCCAUACACCCGCCCAGGGACGCGCCGGCCGCGGGGAGCCCGGGCUCCGCCUCCCGAGGCCGGCAGAGGUUCCACCCGAACCAGUACCUGCCCAGCUUCUACGCCGUGGACCUGUCCGAACCUCAGAAAGCCGGCGCUGGUGACGGCAGCGCCCGCAGAGAACCCUACGCCCCCUACCCUGCGGGGUACCCCAGGACCUUUGAAGCCCCCGCGGUGGAAAGCCUGCCGCUGUCGGUGUACGCCUCCACGGCGUCCUGCUCCGACGUGUCCGCGUGCUGCGAAGCCGAGUCGGAGGUCAUGAUGAGUGACUACGAGAGCGGAGACGACGGCCCCUUCGAGGAGGUGACAGUCCCUCCGCUGGACUCGCAGCAGCACACGGAGGUCUGACCCCGCAGACCCGCCUCCCGCCCCCACCCCCCCAAGUGCCUGAACCCCAGCGAACCUAGAGCGAUCCCUGCAGCGGAUGCCCUGCCCUGCGCCGUUCUCUGCAGCAGCGCUUGCGCCCCUUGCUUUCGGGGAGCCGCCCCCGGGCAUGGCUGCACUGAACCCCCGCCCGCGCCUCCUGACCUGUUCGCCAUCGCCAGUGUCCUGACCUACUGUCAUCAGAUGCGGUUGACGUCCGCCGCUCCAUUUCCAGACUUUUUUUUUGUGUUUGCAUUCGUCCCGUGUUAAAACAAUGAAGCGAAAAUCAGCUCUCCUCUCUCUCGUUAGCAUGAUUCAUGUAUUUAUAUAGAUCUGAUUAUUUUAAUUUUCCUUUUUUUUUGUAAAUUUUAUGUACAGAUUUGAUUUUUCAUAGUUUUCCCCUAGAUUUUCAAGAUGACUUCGUACAUUUUGUUUUUGACCGGAUUUUGGUGGUGUUCCUGUCAUUUACCUAGCACCCUGAUUUUUUUUUUUUUAAUAUAACCAGGGUUUCACUCUGUCCUUUUCAGCUGAAGUAGGACAUUUCAUUCAUACAUUUCAGUAUAGUCAUUCAUUUCCAGCUGUACAUAGGAUGAGGACAGAUCUGAUCCAUGAACAUGUCUUAAAUAAAUGGGUUGCUGUAUUUUAGGAUUAUAAACAUUUUUCAUUAUUGGAAAGUGUAAUGAGGACCUUCUGCAGAAUCGUUUAGAACCAAAACCACCACGACACAAUUUUUAUAGUGUCUGUAUAUUUGUGAUGCAAGGUCUUGUAAAGGUUUUUACUGAAAACUACCAUUAACCAGUCUUUCUUACUGACAAUAAAUUAUUAAUAAAAUA